ACUUCUUCUUCUGUAAAAAAUAUAUGUAUAUAUAUUAUUAAAACAAAACCUCUCAAAAAUUGGAUUUUAGUUUUCUCUAAGCCUGCCAAUUUUGUUGAAUUUAAAAUCAACAAUUUCAUUCUUUGAAGGGAUAGAGUAUGGAGCUCAUAGGCAUUGAAUGAAGUUUGUAUUGAGGGAAUGGAGGAAUUUACGGAUAACAAAGCGGUUAUAGUCGAGGAUAUUAGAAGCAAACGGUUACCGAGGAAAGGGAACAGGUUGUUAACGAAGCGUGGGGAAUCUAAUCUGCUAGAAAUGCAGGAAAUGGUUAUACCUAGCGAUGUUAAUAUUAAAGGAAAUGGAAUGGAUGGAAAGAAUGUUGAUAGGGUGGAUACGUUAGAGCAUGCAUGCGCUAGCCCGAGAUGUGUGGACGACAGCGGGGUGAUGGUUGAAGAGUUAACCGUAAGGAAUUAUAGCAGUGGGAACUUGGAUACAGGUGGUUCAAGUGUUACGGACAAAAUGCAUAACGCACAUUACAAUUUUCAGCAUUUUUAUCAAAGACCGGAAGGGGGGAUAGUUGAUAUUUGGGAAGAUCCAGGGUCCAAUUUCUUCCCAGAGCUUUUGAAGAAUAAGCAACAAAGCGAAAAUCAAGAUGAACCAAUGGACCAUUCACGACAUGAUGAAAAGCAACCUGCUUUGUUAUCUCCUAGUGGGAUUCGAACAAGGAUUAUUUCUGAAUCUGGGUUUUCUCGGUAUUUUGUGAAAAGUACAUUGAAGGGUAAAGGUGUUAUUUGCAAUGGCCCAGCUCGUGAUGGUCUUGUUCAUCUUCAUGGUCAGAAUCAUCCAAAGGCUGCUUUGAUAGGUUUGAAUGCAGCUAAUUCAAGCAAGGAAAUGACAACUGAACCUUGGCCCAGUGUUUCUAAUGCUCAUGAUGGUCUGACUCUAAGAGAAUGGCUGAAAUCUGGUCAAAACAAGGUAGACAAGUCAAAGACCAUGUAUAUAUUCAAGCAGAUUUUAGAUCUGGUGGAUAUAUCACAUUCACAGGGAGAGGCUUUGCAAGCCUUACGACCAUCAUGCUUCAAGUUAAUGCCAUCAAACCAAGUUACAUAUCUGGGUUCACCUUCCCAGAAAGAAUUAGUUGGAAAUAUCGCGGGUAAAGAGUUCAGCUAUUUGGACAACGAUGUAAAUAAGAAGAGAGAGUUGGAGCACAAUCUUUUUCUUGGUACUAGCCAAACCACAAAAAGAAGAAAGAGUGGGGAUACUGGGAACUCUUUUCGUAAGUGGCCUCAGUUUGCAAUGCGUUCCAGUUUCAAGUACGGAACUGCACAUGAUAUUGGUGCUGGCUGUCCUCAAGAUUCUGGAUACGGAUUUAAUGGAGAAAGUAUCCCCAAACGAGAUAAUAGUUAUACAAUCCAAGGCAUGUCCCAAAUGGUGUCUAACAUUCGUUGUGAUCGAUUGGAGGAGCAAUGGUAUGCCAGUCCAGAGGAUCCUAAAGAGAGAUGCUCCACAUUGUCCUCAAAUAUCUACUCUCUAGGUGUUCUUCUAUUUGAGCUUCUUGGUUCAUUUGAAUCUACUGGAGCGCAUGCUAUUGCUAUGAUGGAUCUACGUCAGCGGAUCCUUCCUCCUAGUUACCUCUCAGAGAAUCCCAGAGAAGCCGGAUUUUGUCUUUGGUUGCUUCAUCCUGAGCCAUCAUUACGCCCAACGACUAGGGAUAUCUUACAGUCUGACCUUGUAAGUGGAAUACAACAAUCAUCUAUGAAAGAAUUGCCAUCAUCCAUUGAUCAAAAGGAUGUCGAAUCAGAUUUAAUGUUGCAUUUCCUUGUAUCUGUAAAAGAACAAAAGCAGAAAGGUGCCACAAAAUUAGCUGAAGAUAUUAAAUGCUUAGAAGCUGACAUUUCAGAGAUUGAGAUGAGAAGGCCAAAUACAACAUUAACAUAUCAAGAAAACCAUCAUACUUUGGGGGGGAAACUAAAGUCAUCUACAUUUCCCAGUCCUGGUGGAUCCCGGCUGAUAAACAAUCUAAAGCAUCUUGAACAAGCUUACUUGUCUGUGAGAUCCAGCAUAGGAAUUCCUGACAAUGAUAUAAAGGCACCUGAGGAACUCGAAGUGUUAAAAAGUCGGGAAAACAAUUCGGGUAUGAAAAAGAUCGAAACAGAAAACAAGCCAUUAGAUCGCUUGGGGGUCUUCUUUAAUGGCCUGUGCAAAUAUGCUCGUUAUAGUAAGUUUGAAGUACGAGGUAUUUUAAGGAAUGGUGAUUUUAGUAGUAUGGGAAAUGUUGUAUGUUCGCUUGGUUUUGAUCGUGACGAGGAUUAUUUUGCUACUGCUGGUGUGUCGAAGAAGAUAAAAGUAUAUGAUUUUCAAGCUCUCCUGGAUGACUCGGUUGACAUACAUUAUCCAGCUGUUGAGAUGUCAAAUAAAUCAAAGCUUAGUUGCAUUUGUUGGAAUAGCUACAUCAGGAACUAUCUGGCUUCAACAGAUUAUGACGGUGUGGUCAAGAUAUGGGAUGCAGGAACUGGCGAAACAAUGUCUCAUCUUAUUGAGCAUGAAAGAAGGGCGUGGUCUGUUGACUUUUCUCGGGUGGAUCCUAUGAAGUUAGCCAGCGGAAGUGAUGAUUGCUCUGUAAAACUCUGGAGUAUCAAUGAGAAGAAGAGCUUGACGACCAUAAAAAGCGUCGCAAAUGUCUGCUGUGUCCAGUUCUCUCCUUACUCCUCUCAUCUGUUGUCUUUUGGGUCAGCUGAUUAUAGAACAUACUGCUAUGAUCUUCGGAACGUUUCCACCCCCUUGUGUACAUUGGCUGGCCAUGACAGAGCUGUUAGCUAUGUCAAAUUCUUGGAUUCCGGGACUCUUGUUUCCGCAUCUACAGACAAUACGCUAAAACUUUGGGACCUGAAUAAAGCCAAUCUUGGUUGCUUAUCCACCAGCAGUUGUGUUUUAACUUUUAAAGGCCAUACUAAUGAGAAGAAUUUUGUUGGUUUAUCUGUUUCUGAUGGAUACAUUGCAUGUGGUUCAGAAACUAAUGAGGUGUUUGCUUAUUAUAGAGCUUUGCCUAUGCCUAUCACUUCCCACAAGUUUGGGUCUAUUGAUCCUAUUUCGGGGAAAGAAACUGAAAAUGAUAGCAAUCAGUUUGUAUCAAGUGUCUGCUGGAGACAAAAAUCAGACAUGCUGGUUGCCGCCAACUCCACUGGAUGUCUGAAAUUGUUGCAGAUGGUUUAACUGAGGUUCUAAGAUCUCCAAAUGUUGAGUUUGAUUUUCUUUUUAAGGAUUGGUUAUUCACAUUGACGUAGUGGUAGCUUGUACAUCUCAAAAAUCUUUAGUUUGACCUCAAACAACGCGAGGUAGAUAAUUUCAAAUUUGUUGAACAUGUCAGUUAUAAUUUGUACAGUUCCCGAUUGAGGCUAAUUUCAUUAUACGAUACUACUUUCAUAUUGA